AUGGCGUGUAGGAAGAAGACAGUUCCGCAGCAAGAAUGGGUGGUGAAGAAGACUCAUAUAGAGAAGGAACCUAGAGUGGCAUCAGCUCGUGCACUGAUAGAACAAGAUGGAAGCUUAAGUGAGGUUGAGAAGGAGGUUGAGGUCGGGGGUGACUUCAAUGCCAUCCUGAAUGCAGAUGAACGGGUGGGAAACAGAGUGAAGGGGUUUCAUUCCUCUACUUUCAAAGAUUGUAUAGAAGAGUGUCAUCUUGAAGAUGUGAAGUAUACGGGGUGCUUUUUCACAUGGAACAAUAAGCAAUACAAAGAGGGCAGAAUUUAUUCGGUGAUUGAUCGGGUUAUGGCUAACCAAGAGUCUGAGUUUCAGUUUAAAGUACAAGCCAAUUGGAAAUUACUAAUCCAAGGUACAACAAUGUAUAGUUUGGUGCAGAAAUUGAAGCGUCUUAAGGGAGUUUUCAAGGAUAUCAACAAGCAGGGAUUUAAUAAUAUACAGGUAGCUGACAAUUUAGCUUAUCAGGACACGAAAGAAAGGCAGGUGCUUCUGAAUAAAGAUCCCUUGAAUGAGAAGCUGAUUGAAAAUGAAGCAGAAGUAAGGAAGACAUAUCUAGCAGUACAUAAGAAUUUCCUAUCUUUUUUACACCAAAAAUCAAAGGUGGAUUGGAUUAAAGAGGGAGAUGAAAAUAUACAUCUUUUCCAUGCUAGUAUUCGGGCCAGGAGAAUAAAGAAUAGAAUUUAUUCUAUUAAAGAUAUGGCUGGCAAAUGGGUAGAUAAUCUUGGAGCAGUAGUAAACGCUUUUUUAAGUUACUAUAUGAACCUGCUGGGAUCCAAGAUGGAGAAUAGAAGGUUUGUGCAAACCAGUAUCGUAGAAUGUGGUGUUUUGAUCUCUGAACAGAAGGGGAGGUUCUUGAUGUCAGAUUAUUCAAAUGAUGAUGUUAAAAAAGUUAUGUUUGACAUCCCGGGUGUUAAGGCCCCGGGACCUGAUGGAUAUGCUAGUUGUUUUUAUCAGGACAAUUGGGAGCUGGUUGGAGCGGAAGUAUGUUCGGCUGUACUUUCUUUUCUUCACACAGGGAAUCUUCUCAAAGAGCUUAAUUCAACGAUUUUAACCUUGAUUCCGAAGAGCAAGUGCCCUAUUGGGGUAAGUGAUUUCCGUCCAAUUGCUUGUUGUAAUGUUUUAUAUAAAGUGGCUACUAAAAUGAUUUGUACAAGGUUGAGAAGUAUUCUUCCUGAUCUCAUAGCACCAAAUCACGACGGUUUUAUACCAGGAAGAUACAUUGCUCAUAAUAUAAUGGCGUGCCAAGACUUGGUGAGGCACUAUGGUAGGAAGAGUGCACGACCCAACUGUAUGAUCAAACUAGAUCUGAGGAAGGCUUAUGACAUAGUAGAGUGGGAUUUCCUUGAAGAGAUGUUGAGAGCAUUUCGGUUCCCGGAUAAUUUCAUUCGGGUAAUUAUGAUUUGUGUGCGAACACCUCGGUACUCUAUAAUGUUGAAUGGUGAUAUGCAUGGAUAUUUUAUAGCUAACAUGGGCCUUCGACAAGGAGACCCAAUGUCUCCUCUAUUAUUUGUUCUAGGCAUGGAAUACUUGACUCAUAUUAUGAGGAAACUAGGGAAGAAAGAAGAAUUUAUCUAUCAUGACAGAUGUGCUACUCUUGAACUAAAUCACCUCUGUUUUGCCGAUGAUGUAUUUUUAUUUUGCCAUGGAUUGCAGCCAAAUGAAGCUAAAUCGGCAAUAUAUUGUUGUGGAAUGGAAUCACGGGAGGUUCAAAGGGUGCUUGCUGUUUCUGAUUUUUGUAAAAGUGAUCUGCCCUUUUGGUACCUUGGUAUACCAAUUUCUUCAAAGAAAAUAUCAGCUGCAGAGUGUGAUCUAUUGUUGGAUAAAAUGAUUAUGCUUCUGCCUAAGAGAGUCCUUCAGAAAGUAAACUCCAUUUGUAGAGCUUAUUUGUGGAAAGGUGCAUCUGAUUAUCAUGGCCCGGGGUAUGUGGCUUGGGAAUCAAUUUGCAAACCAAAAAAAGAGGGAGGUCUGGGAUUUUGGAAUGUGAAAGAAUGGAAUAUUGCAGCGAUAGGGAAAUACAUAUGGGCUAUUGCAACAAAGCAAGAUAAUCUCUGGAUUAAAUGGGUUCACCAUGUAUAUUUGGGAGAAGCUGAUUGGUGGAGCUAUGAAGCUCCAUUGACUAGUAGCUGGUAUUGGAAGCAAAUUGUGGCAGUUAAAAAUAGGUUUAAACGAUGCAUUGAUACUCAAAAGUUCUCAAUUGAGAUUUAUCAAAUAAAGCAAGGAUAUAAGGUGCGCUAUCCUAUUCUAGAUUCAGUUUAUUGGCAAUAUGUAGUAUGGGACCGACUAGCUAUUCCAAGACACAAAUUUAUUUUUUGGUUGGUUAUUAUGGGAAGGUUGCAAACUCGAGAGAGAUUGAAGAAACUUAAGAUUUGCAAAGAAGCAGAUUGUGUGGUCUGUGGAGCUGAUAUUGAAUCUGUACAUCAUCUAUGCGUUGAUUGCUUGAAUAGUAGCAGGGUGUUACAAGGAAUUAAGACAUGGUUACAAUGGAAUACUUCAACUAAUUCUUUAAAAGGAUUAAUAAGAAGUCUCAGCCGUAGCAGUCACAGUAGAUUUAAGAAGAGUGUAUUUGCAGUCACAAUUACUACUAUGGUGUAUCAGAUCUGGUCAAAUAGAAAUGAAACUGUGUGGAAUUAUAGAUGUAAACAAGUGGAACUAAUUGUACAACACAUUAAAUCUGAGGUUAAAUAUAGGAUAACAAAGUAUCAACUUGCUAGAACAAGUCCUUCUGAUAGAAAUCACUCCAUCCUGGAUGACCCCGAUUGCAGCUUAUCUACAACACGGAAUCCUGCCCAACAACCACAAUCAAUCCAGAAAACUGAUGAUGAAAGCCGCUCGGUACCUAAUCUUGGAUGGGGUUAUGUACAGAAGGGGGUUUUCCAUGACAUUGCUCAGAAACGUUCUUUGAUCAACUUGGCAAAUAGGAAAAAGAUGAAAGAACCAAGUCACGGAGGUUCCCAGUCCAUACCAGAUUUACGAUACAAAAAACGCAAUCUCGAGACUGGGAAACUUGCAUCGAUCGCAGAUGCUUGGAUGAGUAUUCACCACAAACAUGGCACAGGGUGGGUGACGGAAACAGCCGAACAAACCUGGGAAAAAUUAUGUGUUGUUCGUCAGACGCAAGUAUCACAGUCUACCACUUGGGAUCCAUCAACCCAAUCGACUCAGCCAUCAGAUGAUGACUUGUCACUAGUGCAGACUGUCUUCAGAAAGCGUCGAGGCCAUCAUAUGGGUUACGGCUGUAUACUUACCACAAUAGACGUUACACAACUGUCAUCCUAUACCUAG